CGCCGGAAGUGAUCCUCACCACCGCAAACUUCGCUUUCAUUCUGACAACAUGCGAUUGUGGUUUCGAGGGAAACAACCCUCCGGUACCGAUCCACACACGCUGCUAAAGAGCUCGUGAGGAUGGAUGGAGUCAGUUGGAGUGCGUCGAGGUCCCAGGAGUCGUUCAGUCGCUCCACGUCGACAGACACGUUGUCCAGGCUCGCGAGCUUCAUCGCACGCACCGGCACACGACAACACGCUCAAAGCCAGCUGCAGCAGCCGUCCCACCUGCCGCUGUAUGUUUGUCAGGAGUGUGGUAAGGGUUUCCCGUACGCAGCUGAUCUUCUGCAGCACCAGGAAGUAAAGCACACUCUACCCAAGCCUCACCGGUGUCCCUCCUGCAGACAGGAGUUCUCCCUGAGGUCGUCCUUGCAGCUUCACAAGUGUAAUCAGGAUUCUACUCCAUGUGAGCGAUGUCAAGGGCCGUCGCGGCUCAGUUCUCCAUGCACUGCGUGCACGACACGGACCCCAAAUCCAGGCAGGCUGCAGGAUAAACCACUUCACCGCCAGCCGCACCUUUUGGAUAGCAGUCCUUAUGCGUGUGCUCCAUGUGGGAGGAGCUUCAGCCAGAAGCAGGCGCUGCUGCACCAUCAGCAGGCUGGCUGCUGCAAGCUGUCAUCCCCGUCAAUCACAGCUGACCCCAGCAGCCUCCCAGAUGAUUCUCCUCUGGUUUCUGAAGGUGACUCUGCUCGCUCUGAUCUUUCAGUCACCCCGGGACCCAGCAGCCUGGCUGUGAGUGUGUGCCAGGUCUGCUUGAAAACUUUCAGAACAGUGGCUGCUCUGCAGCAGCAUAAACGGAACAAUCACGUGGAGGAGACACUAAAACCCCGAGGAGACGGUAAUGAUGAGGGGAGAAAAGAGAACACUGCCAAGGUUACAAGAGGAGCACAUGAAGGGUCCAAAUCAAACAGUUUCCGCUGUCGCUCCUGUGAUAUGGUUUUUAAGUGCACCUCCAAACUGCAAGUGCACAGAAAAGAGAAGCACAGCAGAGAGAAGACGACCAGGAGAGAGCCGAGGCCAGCAGUCCGCAAGCGCAGGAAAAGAGGCGUGUAUCCGUGUCAGGUCUGCUGCAAAGUCUUCUUCCAUCAUUUAUCUCUGAGGGCGCAUUUCAGACAGCACGUGGAUUCACAGCCCAUCAAAGGUCCCGCCAAAGACUCUGGACCAACAGAAAACGGACCAAAUGAAGUCGGUAAGACGAGAGAAGCUGGUCCAGAAAAGCCCAAAACGGUUCCCAGAGUAUUAACUGGUCUUAAGGAUCUGAUACGAGUUCCAGCAGGAGGAAAGCUCAUGAAGAUGCCCAGAGUAUUAACUGGUUUUAAGGAUCUGGUAGGAGUUCCAGCAGGAGCAAGGGAGGAGGAGAAAGAGUUCCCCUGUCCCUCCUGUGCAAAGGUUUUCUGUGUGCAGCAGCAGCUGAAGGAGCACGUGGAGCUCCACCAGUCCUCCGAGACGAGGAGGCAGUGCAGCGUGUGCACCAACAAGAUGGAUUCCUGCAAAGAGCCGAGCUCCAAGAAGCACAGGCUGUAUCACUGUGUGCCCUGUCAGCAGGGCUUCUCAGCGCUGGACUCCUUCCUGGAGCACUGUCAGGAGCACCUGCAGGUCCAGGUGGAGCAGGACCGGAUCUCGGAGAGCUUCACACAGAAGGCCCGCAAAGCCUGACGUUCAUCUGU